CACAGGAAGCCUAGCACUCUGAAAAGACAGAAGGAGGAACCUCUCCAGCUUUGAGGAGCCAGUCGACCAGGAGCACGCACAGCUGGAGGAGAGGAGUGGGAAAGGGGGAGAGAAAACACUGACACUGGCUGCUAAGGAUGCGCUGGCAGGCGAGAAAUACUCCCCAUGACCACAGCUAGGUUGGCGGUAGGAUGGAUGGAGUGACGGAGCUGCCCGAGUCAUGAAAGCAGGAGGCGACAUGAAGAUUGCUGGGAAGGCUGUGUGUGUUUUUGUGCUGUUCACCAUCAAGGUCAUGAGUACAGUAGGGAACCUCGAAGUGUCAGCAAUGGUAGGUAGCACCUCUGUGCUCACCUGCACUCCCAGGCCAAAUACAACUAUGAUAAUAUGGAAAAUGAACCCCAAAGUUGGAGGCCCCUGCACCUUGGGAUACAGGGCUGAUCAGCACAAGAUAGACAGAACAAACUGCAGUGACAGCAUAAACUGGAGAUCCAGACCAGAUUGGGAUCCUGACCUUGAGAUACGGCAAGUGGGAAUAGCCCAUGAGGGAAACUACACCUGCGAAGUAGUAGCAACAGAAGGGAAUUUCCAUGAGAUGUACCACCUGACCGUGCUGGUCCCCCCCAGGCUGACCGUGCGCUGUGAUGAUGACGAUGGGAGGCCGGUGUGCGAGGCAGGGGCAGGGAGGCCGGCUGCUCAGAUCUGGUGGGUCCCAGAGAGCAACUCCCCCCCCAGGGAAGAAGCCCAUGACAACGGGACAGUGACUGUUCUCAGCAAGUUCGCAGCAUAUAGCACCAACGUGACUAAUGCAACCUGCUUCAUGUCCCACCCAGUGUGGAACCAGAGCAUGGACGUAGGCUGUCCUCCCCCAGAGAACAUGAACCUUACCUGGUUGUAUGUCUCCAUCAUUCUUUGUUUCCUGAGCAUUAUCCCCUUCGUGGCUGUCAUGUACUAUUUUAAGCUCCACAUUGACAGACUGUGCCACAAAACCAAAACUCCUGAAACUGCUCCCACAGAUUCCCCACAGGAAGACACAAUGGAAGUGGAACCUUAUACUAUUUAUGUGCAGAAGGAAAAUGUAAUUUACAACUCAGUAUCUGAUCUGACAGCGGGGCAGAAUCUUCCACAAGGACUGUCACCAGCAACAUGAAUGAUUCAACAUCACUGGAAAGGGAGAGAGACACUUUAUAAAACACCGGUUAGAGAAAGAAAUUUCUCAGAGGAUUUCUUCAGAUUUUGGGGCAACAGAGCUCACUACGUCUGUUCAAACACCUGUGCUUGCUGAUGAGUCUGUAUAGUUCUUUUUUCCCCUGUUUUGCCUUCUUCCUUGGGAAAGAGGUUUCCUGUUAUUCCUUGGGAAAAUGUGACUGACCCCAUGCCAUAGCUUUUCCUGGAAAAGCUGUUGUGAUCAGUCUUCCUUUUGCUGUUCUUGCCUUGGAGAUCCUAGUUUUGUCAGUCACUUCUAGGCAUUACUUUGAUGCACUUGACACUAUAUUGCACACAUUCGGGAGAUGGGAGGAGUGUUAUGUCUGAACUAAACUGAAACACUCUUCAAUCAAUAGCCACUUUUUCUAAUUUACAAAUUACUAACGUAGUGGCCUGAGUACUGAUCAUCACAGAAUAACUCAAUUGGCAGAAGGUAUUGGUAGGGAAGACCUUUAAUACCCUAGCCCUGAAAAUGGAAACGAGUGAUGAAUUUAAAGGUCAUCCACUAAGAAAGACACUUCACUGCGUGGUUAAUUACUUGUUAGAUUCACAUUCAGUAUUUCCACUAAAUGUUUGUUCUGUAUUUCAGAUCAUUGUUAUGAUUAUUUUUCCAUAACAUUUUCUGAAAAUAGGGUAUUCUUCUCUUUCUUAAGAGUAUUGUCAUCAAGAAACUGUAAAAGAAUUAGGUUACUCAAAUCCAGUAAGCUACUUUUAACAGAAAAGAAAUCCAAUAUUUCACAAAACGAAACAAGUUCAAAUAUACCUUCUAUAACUGUGCAAUAAUGUACAAAAAGGAUAAAAUGCUUGCUAAUUCUAAUCAUAUUUAUUUUAACUACCACAACUGAAGAUUUUUUCAUUCAUAUGCCUAGAUAUUUUAUUGAUAUUCCUUUAAAUAUAUUUGCAAGCCCACUUUUUAAUGUGUAAGUUAGCUUAUAUUUCUUAAUUUGUCUCAUGUUGAGGUAACUUCUCACCUUCCCAAAAUAUCCUUUGGGAAUAAGUCAAAUAAACUGUCCUCUAUAUACUAGCAGUUCUCAAACUUUUUGGAUUGAUACCUUACUAGCUAAAAUAGGAACUGGCUUUACAGUAAGAGUAAAGAAAUCCUCUGUUUAAAGUAAACCUCUGUUUACUACCUCUUAUUCCAGUAUUUUUAAAGACUGACUAGAUACUUGGUUUGAUGGUGGAAUCAGAAGAACUAGAUUUUUCCUUUAGAUCACAGAAUCAUAGAUCAUAGAUCUUCAAGAAGACAGUCUUAAAGGUGCAGAAGCAGGCCAUCCCCGUGUGCUGAAAGGCAAGUGUUGGAGGAGAAGCCCGGCCUGGCUGAAUAAAGAGCUUUUUCUGGAACUCAGGUAAAAGAAGAGAAUUUAUCACUUUUGGAAGAAGGGGCAGGCAACUCAGGAGAACUGUAAGGAUGUUGUUAGGUUAUGCAGGGAGAAAAUUAGAAAGGAGAAAGCCCAGCUAGAACUUAAGAUGGUCACUGACAUAAAGGAUAACAAAAAAUGUUUUUACAAAUCUAUUAGAAACAAAAGGAGGGCCAAGGAUAAUCUCCAUCCUUUAUUGGAUGUGGCAGGGAACAUCGCCACAAAAGAUGAGGAAAACGCUGAGGUACUUAAUGCUUUCUUUGCUUGUCUUUAAUAGUCAGACCAGUUACCUUCAGGGUACUCAGUCCUCUAGCUGGAAGUCUGUGACAAGGAGCAGAAUGAAGUCCCCACAGUCCAGGAGGAAACAGUGACCUGCUGCUCCACUUAGACGUGCACAAGUCUAUAGGGCCAAAUGGGAUCCACCCGAGGGCACUGAGGGAGCUGGCGAAGGAGCUCGCCAAGCUGCUCUCCACCAUUUAUCAGCAGUCCUGGCUAACCAGGGAGGUCCCAGCAGACUGGAGGUCAGCCAGUGUGGCACCCAUCUACAAGAAGGGCAGGAAGGAGCAUCCGGGGAACUACAGCUCUGUCAGCCUGACCUCGUGCCGGGGCAGGUUAUGGAGCAAGAUCAUCCUGAGUGCCAUCACGUGGCACGUGCAGGACAAUGGGGCCAUCAGGCCCAGCCAGCAGGGGUUUAUGAAAGGCAGGUCCUGCUUGGUGAACCUGAUCUCCUUCUAUGACAUGAGGACCCACCUAGUGGGUGAGGGAAAAGCUGUGGAUGUUGUGGAUGUGCCUGGGCCUUGGUAAAGCCUUUGACACCAUCUCCCACAGCAUCUCCUGGAGACACUGGCUGCUCAUGGCUUUGAUAGGUGAACUCUACACUGCGUAAAAAGCUGGCUGGCUGACCCCAAAGAGUGGUGGAGAAUGGAGCUACAUCCAGCUAGUGGCCGGUCACAGGUGCUGUUCCCCAGGGCUCGGUACUGGGGCCAGUCCUGCUUAAUAUCUUUAUCGACAAUCUGGAUGAGGGGAUCAAGCGCACCCUCAGUAAGUUUGCACACAACACCAAGUUGAGGGGGGGAAUGUUAAUCUGCUUGAAGGUAGGAAGACUCUGCAGAGGGGUCUGGACAAGCUGGACCAGUGGUUUGAGGCCAGCUGUGGGAAGUUCAACAAGAAAAAGUUCUGGGUCCUGCAAUUGGGUCACAACAACCCCAUGCAAUGCUACAGGCUUGGGGCAGAGUGGCUGGAAAGAUGCCUGGGGAGAAGGACCUGGGGUGCUGGUUGACAGCCAACUGAACAUGAGCCAGCAGUGUGGCCCACGUGGCCAAAAAAGGUCAACAGCAUCCUGGCUUGUAUCAGAAGUAGUGUGACCAGCAGGACUAGGGCUGUGAUCAUCCCCCUGUACUCAGCACUGGUGAGGCCACAACUUGAAUCCUGUGUUCAGUUUUGGGCCCCUCACUACAAGAAAGACCUUAAGGUGCUGGAGCGUGUCCAGAGAAGGGCAACGAAGCUGGUGAAGGGUCUGGAGCACAAGUCUUAUGAGGAGCGGCUAAGGGAUCUGGGGUUGUUUAGUUUGGAGAAAAGGAGGUUCAGGGAGGACCCUGUUGCUCUCUACAACUACAUGAAAGGAGGUUGUAGAAAGGUGGGGCCGGCCUCUUCUCCCAGAUAACAAACAAUCUGACAAGAGGAAAUGGCCUCAGAUUACACCAGGGGAGGUUUAGAUUGGCUAUUAGGAAAUGUUUCUUCAUGGAAAGGGUGGUCAAGCAUUGGAACAGGCUGACCUGAGACAUGGUGAGAUCAGCAUCCCUGGAAGUGUUCAAAAAACAUGCAGAUGCAGUGCUUAGAGACACGGCUUAAUGGUGGACUUGGCAGUCCUGGGUUAACGGUUUAAACUGAUGACCUUAAAGGUCUUUUCCAACCUAAAUGAUUCUGUGAUUCUACAAUUCUAUGAAAAGUCUUUGACACACAUUGCUAGAGAUUUCUUUUGUGAUAGCCUCCUGAGGGCUAUGACCCCAUGGCUGGAAAACAGAUUUCCAAAUUGAUUGCAGUUCCUAAAUGUAUUAGUCAUGUAAACUGAUACAAUUGGUUAUUUAUUCUCAUCUAGCAGCUAUGAAACAGCCACUUUUGUCCAGGUGCUCUCUGCAUGCAAGAAUUGUUCUCCAUUUCUGUAUGUUAUUUUAGAAUGGAAGGCAACAAAAGUCAGUAUGAAUCAGCUACAAACAAGUUUUAAAGGAACCUCAGUUUCCAGUGACUUACCAAAGAGAGCCAGUCAACUCAGUCAUUCCUCUGAAAUUCCCCACUUAAAAUAGGUGUAAUACUGUCCAAUGAUUUCUUCCCACGCAAAAACAGUGCCAUCACUUCUUACACUUUUUUUCUGUGGACUAGAAAGUCAUUUAUGUUGUUCAACAUCCACAAAGUUGAUCCUAUGAGACAGCAGCUCUUGAAGGUAGACUCUUGCCAGUUUACAUGUAACAUAUUAUAGUUACAGAAGUAUAAUACCUGCUGACCUGCUGUCUGUAGGGGUUUAUGAUCCUUUACAGGCCUAUUACACUGGAUUAAAUCAUGUAUGUUGCAGACCUGGAUGUUGCUAAGUUGCUAACUGGUUGAUUGUAUCCUUCAUCCUCUACUUUGUUUCACAUUCAGGUCUGCUAUAUUUGGAAAGCAGGAUUUUAAUUUGUGACUGUAAUAAAUAAUAUGAGCUAAGA